AUGAGGAGAGGCAGCAGAGCUUUGUUGCAGCUGUUGGAUCGAAGCAGGAAGAAAAAAGACCCUCAGACUUCAGAACGGAAGCACUCGAAAGAGUUGACGAGAGGGAGACGCAAGACCGACAAGCUGAAAAAGAAGAGGCGUAAAAAUGUGAAGCGCAAAAAGUCGUUCAGCGGAGAGGGGGUCCAAGGAAAAUCAACUUUGCUUUUACCCGAGUAUGUGCGCGAAUGCUUAAGAAAAAGCAAGGAAGAGAGCACUGAAUAUGUGGAAAUAGACGGCAUUCUUUAUACGAAAGGGAAAAGAUUAGGUUCAGGUGGAAGUUCCUCAGUAUGGAAGGUCACAAAAGAGGAUGGAAAUUGUUUUGCCCUCAAAGAAGUAAACCUUCGACGAAAUGCGGAGAUACUUCGUGGUGAAGCCAAACGGCUCCACAUUCUUAGAGAUGCUCCCCACAUCGUCAAUCUCAUUACGCAUGACCUAGUCGACAAUGGCCUUACUCUCCGCAUGAUACUUGAAUUGGGAGAAGUUGAUCUAGAAGUCGAACUAAAACGGCAACAAGGAAAAUUUGAUGCAAGUAUCGCAAGAACUUUUGCCUUGGAGAUUGCUAUGGGUAUUAAGGAAAUGCAUGACCAUUCAAUUAUUCAUCUUGAUAUAAAACUUGCAAAUAUUCUUAUAAUUGGUGGGUGUAUAAAAAUAAUGGAUUUGGGAUUAUCCGCAAUUUUGGCGAAUGAUGAGGACGCAGUAAUUAGAGACUUUAUGUUUGGUUCCAAUCGACCACCGGAACAGAUCAUUCCACGAGGCGAUGGGACAUACAAGUUGACGAAAAAAGUUGAUACCUGGGGUUUUGGCUUUGUCGUUUACCAAAUGAAUUAUGGACGCAGACCUUUUUCCGAUCUCCCAGGAAAGACUAUGACGGCAAUUCUUGACCCGAAUGUCCGAUUACAACAUGAUCUUGAGGCUGACCCUAUUCUCACAGAAUUUUUAGAAGUACUUGCUUUUUUUGUAUCUCGACUUUUUUCUCUGAUUUCUUUAUUUUGGAUGUGCACUAUCCGAGACGUGAAAGAACGCGCUUCCAUUGAAAAAUUACUAGCACAUCAAUAUUUAGCGGAGGCUACCCCUAUUGCCAAUCGAGGAUGCGCGGGCAAAACAGAAGAUAUUUUUGGAUACAGAAAGAAUUCAAUGACUCGAAUCAAAUCUCUAGUUGCUGCAGAUCAUAGGACAGGUGGAAUGAGAACUGCCAUAAACUCGGAUGGCGGCACAAGUCAAACUACAAACAGUUCGUCAGAACAAUUGUCGUGA